AUGUUCUCGCUCAAGCCGCCCAGACCCACCUUCAGGUCCUACCUUCUGCCGCCGCCCCAGACUGAUGAUAAGAUUAAUUCGGAACCGAAGAUUAAAAAACUGGAGCCCGUUCUUUUGCCAGGAGAAAUUGUUGUAAAUGAAGUCAAUUUUGUGAGAAAAUGCAUCGCAUCGGACACAAGCCAAUACGAUUUGUGGGGAAAACUGAUAUGCAGUAACUUCAAAAUUUCCUUCAUUACGGAUGAUCCAAUGCCAUUACAGAAAUUCCAUUACAGAAACCUUCUACUUGGCGAACAUGAUGUGCCUUUAACGUGUAUUGAGCAAAUAGUCACACUAAAUGACCAUAAGAGGAAGCAGAAAGUCCUGGGUCCAAACCAGAAGCUGAAAUUUAAUCCAACAGAGUUAAUUAUUUACUGUAAAGAUUUCAGAAUUGUCAGAUUUCGCUUUGAUGAAUCCGGUCCUGAAAGCGCCAAAAAGGUAUGCCUUGCAAUAGCUCAUUAUUCCCAGCCAACAGACCUCCAGCUACUCUUUGCAUUUGAAUAUGUUGGGAAAAAAUACCACAAUUCAGCCAGCAAAGCUAAUGGAGCACCCUUGGGAGCUGGGGGUGGCAGCAGCCAGAAGACGCCACUGUUCGAGACGUACUCAGACUGGGACAGGGAGGUGAAGAGGACAAGCGCCUCGGGCUGGAGGGUCUGCUCCAUCAACGAGGGCUACAUGAUUUCCACGUGCCUCCCAGAGUACUUCGUGGUGCCGAGCUCGCUAGCAGAUCAAGACCUGAAGGUCUUCUCCCAUUCUUUUGUUGGAAGACGGAUGCCAUUCUGGUGCUGGAGCCACUCGAAUGGCAGUGCCCUCGUGCGCACGGCCCUCAUAAGAGACGUGCUGCAGCAGAGGAAGAUCGAGCAGAGGGUUUAUAAUGCAAUAACUAAAAGUCAUCCACAGAGAAGUGAUGUCUACAAGUCAGAUUUGGACAAGACCUUACCCAACAUCCAAGAUAUUCAGGUGGCUUUUGUAAAACUUAAACAACUGUGUGUUAAUGAACCGUUUGAAGAAACUGAAGAGAAAUGGCUAUCUUCACUGGAGAAUACACGGUGGUUGGAGUAUGUAAGGGCAUUUCUUAAACAUGCAGCAGAACUCGUGUACGUGCUAGAGAGCAAGCGUCUGUCUGUAGUGCUGCAAGAGGAGGAGGGAAGAGACCUGAGCUGCAUCAUAGCUUCUCUGGUCCAAGUGAUGCUGGACCCCUAUUUCAGGACCAUCACUGGGUUUCAGAGUCUGAUACAGAAAGAGUGGGUCAUGGCCGGAUAUCCGUUCCUGGACAGAUGCAACCACCUGAAGAGAUCGGAGAAGGAGGCUCCUGUGUUCCUGCUGUUCCUGGACACCACGUGGCAGCUGCUGGAGCAGUGCCCAGCGGCCUUUGAGUUCUCUGAGACUUACCUGGCGGUGCUGCACGACAGCACCCGUGUGGCACUGUUCGGCACCUUCUUGUUCAACUCUCCACACCAGCGUGUGCAGCAGAGCACGGAAUUUGCUAUAAGCAAAAACAUCCAGCUGGGUGAUGAGAAGGGUUUAAAAUUCCCCUCCGUUUGGGACUGGUCUCUCCAGUUUACACCAAAGGAUCGCACCCUUUUCCACAACCCCUUCUACAUUGGAAAGAGCACGCCUUGUGUGCAGAAUGGUUCUGUGAAGUCCUUUAAAAGGACAAAGAAAAGCUACAGCUCCACACUGAGAGGAAUGCCAGCCUCCUUAAAGAACGGCAUCAUCAGUGAGCAGGAGUUACGGCCAAGGAGAAACUCACUAAUCCUGCAGGUGAAGCCAGCACCUCUGGAGCUGAGGGACAGCCAGGACUGGGGUGUGGAGCAGUUCUUCCAAGAAUGGGCCUCCAGGCCAGCUGACCUGCACGGGACCAUCCUGCCACGUCUCUCAGGGGCACACAUCAAGCUGUGGAAACUCUGCUAUUUUCGCUGGGUCCCCGAGGCCCAGAUCCAGCACGGGGGCUUCAUUACAGCAUUCCACAAGCUCUCACUGCUGGCCGACGAGGUGGAUGUUUUGAGCAGGGCGCUGCGACAGCCCCGGGGUGGCCCCACGCCAGUCCCCGGCCCUGAGCUGGCCCCAAGCAGGCUGUACUUCCACGCUGGCGGCCCAUACGACGCCCCAGGCACGCUGGACUUCCUCUCGUCCUCCUUCCCCUUCUCCCCAGUGGGCAAUCUGUGCAGGCGGAGCAUUUCGGGGACACCGCUGAGCAAGUUUCUCAGUGGGGCCAAGAUAUGGCUGUCCACUGAGACCCUCGCCAAUGAAGACUGA